ACAUCUGCAGAGCAAUUGAGUUGCUGGAAAAAUUGCAGAGAAGUGGAGAGGUGCCACCACAAAAGCUACAGGCACUGCAGAGGGUCCUUCAGAGUGAAUUCUGUAAUGCUGUAAGGGAGGUGUAUGAGCACGUCUAUGAAACUGUGGAUAUCAGCAGUAGCCCAGAAGUUAGAGCUAAUGCAACAGCAAAGGCCACUGUAGCUGCAUUUGCUGCUAGUGAAGGUCAUUCCCAUCCCAGAGUGGUUGAGCUGCCCAAAACAGAAGAAGGUCUUGGAUUCAACAUUAUGGGAGGCAAAGAACAAAAUUCUCCCAUAUAUAUCUCUCGAAUCAUCCCUGGUGGCAUAGCUGAUAGGCACGGAGGCCUGAAACGUGGAGACCAGCUGCUGUCCGUGAACGGAGUGAGUGUUGAAGGUGAGCACCAUGAAAAAGCAGUAGAACUGCUGAAGGCAGCUCAAGGGAAGGUGAAAUUAGUUGUGCGGUACACACCAAAGGUCCUGGAAGAAAUGGAGUCAAGAUUUGAAAAAAUGAGAUCGGCAAAACGCAGGCAGCAGAAUUAACACUGUAUGCAAGAGUUUAAAGAGAAAAUAUAUACCAUUUCCAUUUUAUA